CGCCACAGCCGGCAACUGAAGGGAGGAAGAGGUUAUUUACGAAAGCGUGUUUUUGGAGUUUCGAGACGAUGUUCAACUUCUGCGGAAUUGAUGCGUUUUAAAGCAAAAAACACAAAUCCAUCUUCAGCCACUCGCUCGCCACCGUGUUGCUCUAUCCAACUUCAAUCUCUUUAGUAGCGGCUCUAAACGCGCUCCACUUUCACACGGAGCCCGUUGCACACGUAAACAAUCUCUCUCUCCCUCGUCAUGACACGGAUGUUUUGAUUGCUGCACAUAGAGUGAAAAAACACGGCAGCAAGUCCCCCGGGUGGCGGUGCCGUGCCUCGACCCCAUCCGCAAACACAACCAUGGACAUUACGUCCCUCUUCAAGGCGUCCGUGAAAACGGUCCGGCUGAAGCUGCCCCCGCAGAGCGUCGCUCCGCUGGACAAGAAUCGGAUACUGCAGAAAAAGAAACCGACGCCGGAGAUAUGGGGCAAGGCGAAAACGCUGAAGCAGCAGGUAACGCUGCUGCGGAACUUCUUGAUCGAGAACCGGGCGGCCUACAUGCAGCUGGCGGAGCAUCUGAAGAACUCCGCCCCGCAGAUGACGAACGAGGAGCGCGAUCUGAUCGACCGGGAGACGGAAAGCACGCUGGCGGAUGCGGGUACGCUGAUAGCGGGCCUGAGGCACGAGUGUGCCGAGCUGAAGGCGGACCGGCAGGUGAAGGAGUUCCUCGGCCUGGUGGUGGACAGCCUGUUCGAGUACGCGAACGGGAUACGCAGGAUUGCCCAGGAGCAGAAACAGUUCCGCCAGCGGCGCCAGAUGGAAACGAUGCACUACAUUAAGCUGCAGCCGAAGAUGAAAACCGACCCGUACACGAAACCGCUCGAGGCGGUACCGGCGGAAAGGGAGGCAGUGGCUGCGGCGGUGGUCGCUCCAGCAAGGACCGGGGACAGUUUGGAAAGUGCGCGCAGCGCCGAUAAAACGAUGACGCAAACGGUGGAAGACAUGCAGGACAGCAGCAUGUACGAGGAGUACGAAAGCAACGACCUUAGCCCGGAGGACAUACAGAUGUUCGAGUCGGAAAACAUCCAGCUGUACAACGAACUGAAAGGGCUGUCGGAAGAGGUGGAGCAAAUCCAGCGCAAUGUGGCCGAUAUUACGCAGCUGCAGGAUAUCUUCACCGAGAAGAUAACGCUGCAAAACACGGACAUCGAUCGGAUCGCGACGAACGUAAUAGGCACGACGGAAAACAUGAACGACGCGAACGAACAGAUCAAGCAGGCGAUCCAGCGCAACGCGGGGCUACGGGUGUGGGUACUUUUCUUUUUUAUUGUGAUGUCCUUUACGUUACUGUUCUUGGAUUGGUAUAAUGAUUAAAAAAGGGGGAAAAGACGUAAAAGUAAAUUAUUUAAGGUAAUAAAUGCGGUUAAAGCGAUUAGAAUAGCAAUUUAAAUGGGUGAAAAAAUCGUUUCAUUUCCCAACGAACCAUCAGCUGUUGCACCAAGGUUUAGACAGUGAAAAGGCCUUUUCCGGUGGUGUUCCAAUCUGCGCAGGCCUUUUCUCCUUUCUGCUUGACAACCGUGUCAGGGUGGCUGUCAAAAGUUGCUCGGUCGCAAAAGAAAAAGGGUGCAAAAUUUGCCUUGCUUUCGAUUACUUAACACUCACACUAUCGGGUGCAAGUUUUUCCUCCGUCGUUCCGG